AGCGAAUUAUACCGCUCUCUUGGUUUUAUAGGUCUGGAGGUCGGAGCAAAUAUUUUGUGUGUUCCAUUCCCGAUCGAUCGAUUGUUAGGGUUCUUGGAGCGCGCGCGCGCGACAGAGGGAUCGUCGCGUCGGCCAUCGGCGCCGCAUUCGAGGAGGAUGCUGCAUUGCGUGGUCGAGAAGAGGAUUAUCUCAUUCUUGUGAGCGCCUAGCUGCCGAGGGGGAAAGGCUUGCAUUGAUCGCUAGGAUAGAGUGAUGGCGGUAUCGAAGAGCUCUAGCGCGCUGCCACCAGAGCUUAUCAGGCUUCUAGACGGCGAUGACAACCAGAAAGUCCGAGCUCACACUUACUAUAUCUUCAAUCGGUCUACAUUGCGGCAUAUGAGCCUUCUCAAGGCCUUCUGCCUGUUCGUUUUCCUUCUUGUGACGGCUGCUUACUUCUGGACUGGAUCGUUUCCUUCUCAUAACAAGCGGACGGAUUACACAAAUCCCGCUUGGGCGGACAAGGUCCAGAAGUCCGCAAUGAAAAAGAGAGGUGAGAUGGUUGUGCUAGUCACGGGGGCAGCAGGAUUUGUGGGCUCACAUGUCUCGCUGGCUUUGCGAGAGCGUGGAGAUGGAGUUGUAGGGCUGGAUAACUUUAACAGCUACUAUCCAGUGGCGCUGAAACGGGCCCGCGCGAAGAAUUUGCUCAAAGACGGAGUUUUUGUCGUAGAUGGGGAUAUAAAUGAUUCGGCAUUGCUGGAGAGAUUGUUCGCUCUUGUGAAGUUUACACAUGUCUUGCAUCUGGCUGCUCAGGCCGGGGUUCGGUAUGCUGCCCACAAUCCUUUGGCGUAUGUGCACAGCAAUGUCAACGGUUUUGUCACAUUGUUAGAACAAUCCAAGAAUAGUAAUCCGCAACCAGCAAUAGUUUUUGCUUCUUCGAGUAGUGUGUAUGGUCUCAAUGACAAAGUUCCAUUUUCAGAAGGGGAUACCACCGACCGACCUGCAAGCCUCUACGCAGCGACGAAGAAGGCGGACGAGGCGCUUGCACACACGUACAAUCACAUAUAUGGCUUAUCUAUCACUGCGUUGAGGUUCUUCACGGUCUAUGGCCCAUGGGGCCGUCCCGAUAUGGCGUAUUUCUCGUUCACGAGGAACAUCGUGGAGGGACAUGCGAUUAGAAUAUUUCAAGGUCCACAUGGGGAGGAGUUGGCUCGCGACUUCACUUUCAUCGACGACGUUGUGAAAGGCUGUGUGGCCUCUCUGGACACGGCGACUCCAAGCACCGGGAGCGGAGGCAGGAAAAACACCGCCGCACAGCACAGAGUUUUCAACCUGGGGAAUACGCAUCCUGUGAAAGUCGGCACACUCGUGAGCAUUUUGGAGAAACACCUCAACAAAAAGGCAAUCAGACACAUUCAACCGAUGCCAAACACUGGAGACGUGAUGUAUACACAUGCUAACGUGACCAAAGCACGCCUGGAGCUGGGCUACACACCCACGACCAAUCUGGAGCUUGGUCUCAAGCACUUUGUGAAAUGGUACCAAAAUUAUUACAAGUCGGGAAGCGCGCACGAGGCCAGUAUGAGCGGAUACAAGCCUUACUGAGGCAGUUUCUAAACCAUACUGUGAGUUAUACCAUAGUACUAAUAGUGUAUAGAUAUUGAAACUUCCAGGUGCUUAUAUGUAUCCUAGCACCACCUCUAUACUUUUUUUUUCUGGCGGAAGGUUUCCUCAGAGUGUAAUGUAACAAUUCUUUCUAUUCAUUCAAGUUUGCUUUUC